AUGCACUGCAGCUCAAACGAAACAGAUGAAAGGCUUCCAAAUGGAAAAAAUUUCAUUCCCGAUGUUCUUGGUCUAGUAUCGUUAUUACGAUAUUUCUAUAAGAACGACUUUGAGGCUUUUGCAAUUAUAAGUCCAAAAUAUUUGAAUUCAAAUGUGACCAACUGUAAAACAGCUAUUAAUAAAUUGGUUGAUUGUAGUCUUUGCAUCGUUACACACCAAUCCAAUCUUGAUGACAUUGUCGCUUUGGAAUUUGCAGCUGUGACAAACGGAGUUGUGGUGACAUCUGAUAAUUUCAAAUAUGUUGAAAAACAAUUGCAAGAAGACGAUGAUGGAGAAGUGUGGUAA